AUGAUUCUCAGUGUCCAUGACAACGUAAACAAUGAAAUUAUUAAUGAAGUUUCGAAAGUUGUUGCAGAAUCUUUUGAGCUUAAUGAUAGACAACGAGUUUCAUUGUUGAAUGAUAUCAAAGAAGAUGUUAAUGUCACCAAAAAUGAAAAUUCUCUUAUUCUUGAUAAAGGAAGCAUCAAAUUAACUACUAAUGUUGUUAAUAUUGACCAUCAUUUGAAACAGGUUUGGAAUACGUAUUUCAAUAUUCUUAUGACACACCCACAAGAACCAAUCUUGAUUGUUGGACCAUCAGGUUAUAAAGAGUAUAUUGCCAAACUCGUAACAGGAAACAAUUACAAAUCAGUCAAUUUGAGUAAAGAUUCAACAACAUCAUCUCUAAUAGGAAGUAUCAAUUUGACUGAUAGAAAGUCAGUUAUUACAAUGCUCUUUGAUAUUCUUUCUAGGAUAGACGCCAAUAAUACUAAGUUUACUGAAUGCAAUGAAAUCAAGAAUAGUUAUUUCGAAGGUAGAUUUAAUGAAUCAAUAUUUUAUAAUUUUAUUGAAUCUAUUCGUGAAAAUAAAAAUGAAUCAAUGAUAUUUGUUAUCAUUCAGAUCACAUCAAAUAUCAUAAAUCUUAUCAAUCAAAACGAUGAAUUUUCAACAAUGUUGUCAAAUUACAUCACAAUUUUCAAGCCAGGACUAAUAACUUCUGCUAUAUUGCAACAAAAAGCUUUAAUUCUCAAAAAUUUCUCACAUCCACCAAUCUCAGUUAUCGAAAGAUUGAAUGAACUAUUUUCAAUUACUCCUGAACUUACUUUGAGUGAAGAUUUUACAAAUACAAUUGUUCCCGAUCAUUCUCAAAAAAUCAGCGUUGAUAAAUUCAGAGUUUUUGCAACAGUAACAAAUGGUGAAAAAUCAAAAUUAUCUGAGGCGAUGCUUUCAAGAAUGACAAUUAUUAGAUCAUACACAUACAAUAAAGAAGAUUAUCAAUAUAUCUUUAAUAAGAUGUUUUGGAAGAAUCUACAAGAAGAAGAAUGGGAUAAUUUGACAUUGAACCAAAAAUUUUUGAUCAAUAACAUUGCAAAAAGAAUCUCAGAAAAAAUACAUGAUGAAGAUUCUGUAAAAUGUUUCGGACUUGCAUUAAAUAUGUUAAAUAUGAUUCCAGAUAAUGAAUUAUAUAAACCUCUUGAAAUCGAUAAUGGAAAUGUAGUUUCAAAGAAAAUUUUUGCAAUUCCUUAUAAUUACAUUGAACCAAAAACGAAACCUGUUGCCACAAAAUCAAUUAACGCAUUGACAAACCUUUUGUUUUCUGCUGCAAAGAUGAAAUAUAGUUCAAUCAUUCAAGGUCCAUGUGGAACAGGAAAGUCAACAGUCAUCAAAUACUUGGCAGAAUUAUUUGAUGCAGAACUCACAACGGUUAGAAUUUCAUCUUCGACAACAAUCGAACAUAUUUAUGGACAGAAUGAACUCAUUCAAAAUGAAAAUGGAGCAUCAUUCCAUUUCAAGAAGACUGCUCUUUUAGAAAAAAUUACAGGAAAUGGUUCAAAUGGUCGUCCUGUCUGGGUUAUCUUUGAAGAAAUUGAUCAAGCCUCAGAUAGUCUCCUUGAUUCUCUUGUUCAAUUAUUUGAUUCCGAAUUGAACCAAAUAUUGUUACCAAAUGGAACAACAGAGGUUAAGAAUGAUUAUAUCAUUUUUGGUUUGUCAUCGAGGCAAUUCUACAAUGAAAAUAUUCUUAAUAAUGCAGUUUGUUUUGAACAAGAAGAUUAUUCCGAAGAUGAAUUUACCAAAAUUUGUGAAGAGUUAUAUAUCAAAGAUUCAAACUUUUCAAAUGACGAAUUUAUUAAGAAUUUCCCUCAUAAAUUAUAUCAAUGGAAAGCAAUUGCAAAGGAGAAACAAAUUUCAUUUCCAAUUACAAUUCGUACAUUCAAGAACUUUAUCGAUCUUGUUAAGCAAAAUCCAGAUACAGUCGCAGAAAUUGAAAACCAAAUUUACAAAUCAAUUUUUAGUGAGAACCUUCUCAAAAGAGACAAUAAUGAAGAAGAAGAAGAAACAAAAGUAAGUGUUGAAGAUGGAUAUACUACAAUAAAUGGAAUAAGAUAUUCUUACUAUAUUCAAGAUGAGAGUAAACAAGCUCUAAUCCAGAAUUUGACAACACCUCAAAAAUCACUUUUUGUAAUUCUUUCUUCUAUUUCAAAAACAUUUCGGUUAUCAUUAUCCAAGGACCAACCGCUUCAGGAAAGACUCAUGCAAUGA